AUGGCGACCGACGACCUUGUCUCAACCUCCACAAGCGGGAGCACAGGAGCAUCUGCCGAGCUGCCUAUACGGAGCAGCUCCGCUACAGCUAUCAGUCCUCCCGAACCACAAGCAGACUCGGCUGGCGACUUCGAUAUCGUCGCCACCUACCACCGCCUACUAGCCGACGACCCCGAACUCACGAUGCCCGUCGCCGCCAUCGAGGCCAUGAUCGCCGUCCUGGGCCACACCUCGUCCUCGACCGUCAUGGAGACCAUGAAGAUCGUGCGGGAGCAGGCCGAGCGCCUGCGCAACGGCGUGGCCAACCCCAUGCCCCUCACCGCCGGCACCGAGCUCUUCCAGACGUACCUCCUCCGGUCGCUUAAGCAGCAGACCAGCCACUCUCACGACGGCGGCAGCAGCACACCUACGACGACGGCGACGACGACGACAGCCUCCCCGCUCGACUCCUUCGAGCAGACCCGCCAGCACCUGCUCAAGAACGGCAAGCUGUUCGCCGCCCGCGCCAAGGCGGCCCGCGACACCAUCGCCGACAAGGGCGCGCGGUACGUGCGCGACGGCGGCGUCGUCCUCACGGCCGGCGGCUCGCGCACCGUCCGGGCCCUGCUCCUGCGCGCCGCGGACCGCCACAUCGCCGAGACGGGCCACCCGCGCUUCGAGGUGCUCUACGUGCGCGACGAGCGCUUCCCGCGCGAGUGCGAGGGCGCCGUCGCGGCGCUGCGCGGGCGCGGCGUGCCCGUGACGGAGCUGUCGGAGCGCGCCGUCGCGUACGCCAUGCAGGCCGGCGGCGUCGACACCGUCUUCGUCGGCACCGAGGUCGUCGUCCAGAACGGCGGGCUCAUCUCGCGCAUGGGCAGCCUGCAGCUGGCGGCGCUCGCCAGCGUCUACAAGCGUAAGUUUUACGUCGUCGCCGAGACGCACAAGUUCAUGCGGGGCAUGGUCCUGGGCCAGGACGACCUGCCGCGCCUCGGCAUCAAGCAGAACGUCCUCGGCCGCCCGAGGCGGGGCGAGCGCGAGCCCGCCGCCGCCGCCGCCCGGGAGGGGAGCGAGUCCCUGGAGCUGUCUGUGCAGGAGCAUGUCGAUUACACCCCUCCCAACUUGAUUACGGGCAUCCUGACUGAGCAAGGCUCCAAGCUCCCCAGUCAGGUCUACGAAAUGAUCCUUGACAUGCAUACGUGA